CCUAGUCUGUUCAUUAUAUACAUCUACAUGAUGUAUUGUUACACCAUGUAGGAGCAGUAUAGACCUAGUCUGUUCAUUAUAUACAUCUACAUGAUGUAUUGUUACACCGUGUAGGAGCAGUAUGGACCUACAGUAGCUAAUUUAGAUGUAAUAUAACUUAAUGAAACUGCCUUAAAUGUGCUGUAGUAAACAUUUUUUACUCGCACUAAUCAAUCAACACAUUCCUGUCUUUGUAUGUCUCAAUAUAAUAGUAUUAUUUAAUUAAAUCCAUUUAAAAUAAUCUUUGUCUGAAAAUAAAAUAUGAUCCUCAACUGCGUUUCCCCUCCAGUCAGCAGACGGCGAUGUGCGUCUUUCAGGCGACGCUGACAGCGUGACGUAUAAUCUAGUGGACGGUUCUUCAUAAACAGCUCGUCAACCACCUCGGUAGCUUGCUAGCCAACAUAGCAGAAAGAUUCAAGCUAUUUAUACGCUUUCGGUGUAUAUUACCUACUGUGUUUUAGACACACUUCUGUCGUAUCUACUUGUUAACUUAUUUAAUUUAAUAUUACGUUAUUUUGUAUUAGUCAGCUAUAGUAGCUGGCUGUUUUAGUUAGCACUAGCCUAGUCGCUAAUGAUAGCUAGCUAGCUAACAUCCCCGAACAUGAGCUCCCUAAACUACUCCCCUCUCGUUGAAGAAGAGGGGGUCUGCUGGACGGAGAAAGAAGCUCUGGGGCUGAACAUUGUCGUGAAAGAGGAGAAGGAAGAAGACGAUAUCACAGUAAAACAAGAAGUAGAGGGUGAGGCUGUUACCCUGAAAGAAGAAGAGAUAGACGUUUCAGUGAAAGAAGAGGAAGACGCGUUCAGAGUGAAAGAGGAGGAAGACGUUACAGUUAAAGAAGAGGAUGAAGAGAAAGAGGAGGAUGCAGUUUUUGGAGUGAAGAAGGAAGGGGAGAUUACUGUCACAUUGAAAGAUGAAGAGGAGGAGAUAGGAGAUCUGAUUAACACCAGAAAGAGACGUGACUGUCCUGGAUCCUCUGGGGAGCCUCAACAACCUCAUGAUGCUAAAAAGGCAAAGAAGAGUCUCUCCAGAUCAGAACUCCUCAAGAAACACCUGCAGAGAUCCACAGGGAAGAGAACUCACUGCUGCUCUGACUGUGGAAAGAGAUUCACCUCAUCAGGCAUUAAAAUUCAUCAGAGAACACACACAGGGGAGAAACCUUAUAGCUGUGGUCAAUGUGGGAAGAGUUUUUCUACAUCUGGAGCUCUGACUCUGCACCAGAGAACACACACAGGAGAGAAACCUUAUAGCUGUGGUCAAUGUGGGAAGAGUUUUAGUCAAUCUGGAGAUCUGACAGUGCACCAGAGAAUACACACAGGAGAGAAACCUUAUAGCUGUGAUCAAUGUGGGAAGAGUUUUAGUCAAUCUGGACAGCUGACUCAACACCAGAGAAUACACACAGGAGAGAAGCCUUACAGCUGUGAUCAAUGUGGGAAGAGUUUUGGUCAUUCUGGCCAUCUGACUCAACACCAGAGAACACACACAGGAGAGAAAUCUAAUAGCUGUGAUCAAUGUGGGAAGAAUUUUGGUCGAUCUGGAGAGUUGACAGUGCACCAGAGAACACACACAGGAGAGAAACCUUAUAGCUGUGGUCAAUGUGGGAAGAGAUGUACUACAUCUGGCACUCUGACUCUACACCAGAGAACACACACAGGAGAAAAACCUUAUAGCUGUGGUCAAUGUGGGAAGAGUUUUGGUCAAUCAGGCUCUCUGACUAUACACCAGAGAACACACACAGGAGAGAAUUCUUAUCACUGUGAUCUGUGUGACCAGAGAUACUCUGAUAAAAGAUCUCUGAUCAAACAUCAGAAAAUACAUACAUGAAGGAAUUGUUUCGUGAUAUCAAUUAAAUAAUGUCACAAUGUAGAACCCUAAACGUUUGCCACAUUCAAUUGAUUUCAGCAUGAUUUGGAUAUUAGCCUCUGGGGGGAAAUCCAGGCUCUGAUUUGGAAGAGUACUAUUUGUGUGAUUUAACAAAAAGUGACUAACACAAAAAGAGCUGUGUUACACUUACCAUGUUGGUGACCCACUUGAAUCAAAAUGCAACACUUCAAAAUGUAGCUAGCUGUUUUCUACAAAUUGUCCUCUAAUCAGUGAUGUACACAUUAUUCCUAGAUUAGCAAAUGUAGCUAGUACACAUUAUUCCCAGACACACCUAGGUAUUUAUAGUUGUCCACAUAUUCUAAGUCGGAACCGUCCAGGGUGGUGAUGCUGGACGGGGGGUGCAGGCAGCGAACGGUUGAAGAGCAUAGAGAGCAUUUGGUAUCAGUUGGAGGCCACGUAAGGAGUGUUGUAUGGCAUUGAAGCUCGUUUGGAGGUUAGUUAGCACAAUGUCCAAGGAAGGGCCAGAAGUAUACAGAAUGGUGUCAUCUGCGUAGAGGUGGAUCAGGGAAUCGCCUGCAGCAACAUCAUGGAUGUAUACAGAAUCGUGUCAUCUGCGUAGAGGUGGACCAGGGAAUCGCCUGCAGCAAGAGCAACAUCAUGGAUGUAUACAGAAUCGUGUCAUCUGCGUAGAGGUGGACCAGGGAAUCGCCUGCAGCAAGAGCAACAUCAUGGAUGUAUACAGAAUCGUGUCAUCUGCGUAGAGGUGGAUCAGGGAAUCGCCUGCAGCAAGAGCAACAUCAUGGAUGUAUACAGAAUCGUGUCAUCUGCGUAGAGGUGGAUCAGGGAAUCGCCUGCAGCAAGAGCAACAUCAUGGAUGUAUACAGAAUGGUGUCAUCUGCGUAGAGGUGGAUCAGGGAAUCGCCUGCAGCAAGAGCAACAUCAUGGAUGUAUACAGAAUGGUGUCAUCUGCGUAGAGGUGGAUCAGGGAAUCGCCUGCAGCAAGAGCAACAUCAUGGAUGUAUACAGAAUGGUGUCAUCUGCGUAGAGGUGGAUCAGGGAAUCGCCUGCAGCAAGAGCAACAUCAUGGAUGUAUACAGAAUGGUGUCAUCUGCGUAGAGGUGGAUCAGGGAAUCGCCUGCAGCAAGAGCAACAUCAUGGAUGUAUACAGAAUGGUGUCAUCUGCGUAGAGGUGGACCAGGGAAUCGCCUGCAGCAAGAGCAACAUCAUGGAUGUACAUUUAUAUGCAUCACUUAGUUCUGGGGACCCCUACAUUUAAAUGCAUCACUUAGUUCUGGGGACCCCUACAUUUAAAUGCAUCACUUAGUUCUGGGGACCCCUACAUUUAAAUGCAUCACUUAGUUCUGGGGACCCCUACAUUUAAAUGCAUCACUUAGUUCUGGGGACCCCUACAUUUAAAUGCAUCACUUAGUUCUGGGGACCCCUACAUUUAAAUGCAUCACUUAGUUCUGGGGACCCCUACAUUUAAAUGCAUCACUUAGUUCUGGGGACCCCUACAUUUAAAUGCAUCACUUAGUUCUGGGGACCCCUACAUUUAAAUGCAUCACUUAGUUCUGGGGACCCCUACAUUUAAAUGCAUCACUUAGUUCUGGGGACCCCUACAUUUAAAUGCAUCACUUAGUUCUGGGGACCCCUACAUUUAAAUGCAUCACUUAGUUCUGGGGACCCCUACAUUUAAAUGCAUCACUUAGUUCUGGGGACCCCUACAUUUAAAUGCAUCACUUAGUUCUGGGGACCCCUACAUUUAAAUGCAUCACUUAGUUCUGGGGACCCCUACAUUUAAAUGCAUCACUUAGUUCUGGGGACCCCUACAUUUAAAUGCAUCACUUAGUUCUGGGGACCCCUACAUUUAUAUGCAUCACUUAGUUCUGGGGACCCCUACAUUUAUAUGCAUCACUUAGUUCUGGGGACCCCUACAUUUAAAUGCAUCACUUAGUUCUGGGGACCCCUACAUUUAAAUGCAUCACUUAGUUCUGGGGACCCCUACAUUUAAAUGCAUCACUUAGUUCUGGGGACCCCUACAUUUAAAUGCAUCACUUAGUUCUGGGGACCCCUACAUUUAAAUGCAUCACUUAGUUCUGGGGACCCCUACAUUUAAAUGCAUCACUUAGUUCUGGGGACCCCUACAUUUAAAUGCAUCACUUAGUUCUGGGGACCCCUACAUUUAAAUGCAUCACUUAGUUCUGGGGACCCCUACAUUUAAAUGCAUCACUUAGUUCUGGGGACCCCUACAUUUAAAUGCAUCACUUAGUUCUGGGGACCCCUACAUUUAAAUGCAUCACUUAGUUCUGGGGACCCCUACAUUUAUAUGCAUCACUUAGUUCUGGGGACCCCUACAUUUAUAUGCAUCACUUAGUUCUGGGAACCCCUACAUUUAAAUGCAUCACUUAGUUCUGGGGACCCCUACAUUUAAAUGCAUCACUUAGUUCUGGGGACCCCUACAUUUAAAUGCAUCACUUAGUUCUGGGGACCCCUACAUUUAAAUGCAUCACUUAGUUCUGGGGACCCCUACAUUUAAAUGCAUCACUUAGUUCUGGGGACCCCUACAUUUAAAUGCAUCACUUAGUUCUGGGGACCCCUACAUUUAAAUGCAUCACUUAGUUCUGGGGACCCCUACAUUUAAAUGCAUCACUUAGUUCUGGGGACCCCUACAUUUAAAUGCAUCACUUAGUUCUGGGGACCCCUACAUUUAAAUGCAUCACUUAGUUCUGGGGACCCCUACAUUUAAAUGCAUCACUUAGUUCUGGGGACCCCUACAUUUAAAUGCAUCACUUAGUUCUGGGGACCCCUACAUUUAAAUGCAUCACUUAGUUCUGGGGACCCCUACAUUUAAAUGCAUCACUUAGUUCUGGGGACCCCUACAUUUAAAUGCAUCACUUAGUUCUGGGGACCCCUACAUUUAAAUGCAUCACUUAGUUCUGGGGACCCCUACAUUUAAAUGCAUCACUUAGUUCUGGGGACCCCUACAUUUAAAUGCAUCACUUAGUUCUGGGGACCCCUACAUUUAAAUGCAUCACUUAGUUCUGGGGACCCCUACAUUUAAAUGCAUCACUUAGUUCUGGGGACCCCUACAUUUAAAUGCAUCACUUAGUUCUGGGGACCCCUACAUUUAAAUGCAUCACUUAGUUCUGGGGACCCCUACAUUUAAAUGCAUCACUUAGUUCUGGGGACCCCUACAUUUAUAUGCAUCACUUAGUUCUGGGGACCCCUACAUUUAAAUGCAUCACUCCCAAAUGUAGCUGACUGUCUUCUACAAGUUGUCCUCUAACCCGUGAGGUAAAAUAUGUGUCCCAUUUCCAUGUAUUUUUUUAGUUGUGUUAGUUUCAACAGCACAUACAACCUGAUUUCCCCCCUAAUCGAUAUCAGUGAUUUAUUGCUACUUGUCAAAACAACAGCGUUUCUGGUGCUUGUGCAGUUUAUAAGGUGCUUGUUUAAGUAAUAUGAUUAUUGUGGCAGAUGUUUGUGUAUAUAGUACAUUUUACAUUUAGGUUUUCAAUUUAUCACAAACUGUUUCUGCUUUUGGACUAUUGAUUUGGACACGUUUAAACUGUGACAUUGGGGAUAUCCCACCUAGCAAAAUGUCGUUGUCACUGAUUGGUGUCACCUCGUUAGUCAGUAUGUGUUACACCUGUGCUGGCUUGUCCAUCUCGUUAGUGGGAAGGUGUUUCACCUGAGCUGGUCCAGGUUCUAUUUAAGAGUGUCUUUGAGAACCCCUCCUAAAAAAAAACUUAUAUUUUGGGUUGGAUAUUUCAUCCAAUUAGUGUUUUAAUCAAUGGCAUUUCCUUAGAAUGCUCAUUGGUCUUUCAGUUGAUAAUCUUAUGUUUUUUUUUUAUCCUGUUAUUUUUGUGUACUAAAUAUUUCUGGUUAUUUUCAUUGUUUUCUCCUGUGAAGCCAUUGUGUUGCAUCCAUGUCUGAAAUGUGCUGUAUAAAUAAAGCUUGAUUUGAUUUUAAGAAAUGAA